GCUUAAAUUAUAUUGAUUGAUAGAAUGGUGUCACGUUGUAUUCAAAUUCUCACGAUUAAUUCGUAUUCCCCACAAUUACUGUUGCACGCAUCUCCAUUACUCUACAACCACCACUUAGCCAAUCAAUUUAAAAAAUGUUUACCUUCUGUACGUUACCUAUAUAAAGUCAGCCUACGAAUCAGAGCAAUAGAUUAUAUUGUGAUUAGAAACGGGAUUACACUUGAUUGUAUUUGUAAAAUUAUAAUAAAAUAAAAUGGUUGUUUCAAUGGAGAGAUGGAUUGGUAAAGUUGCCAUUGUUACUGGUGCUAGUUCAGGGAUUGGUGCAGCUAUUGCAAGAAAACUUGCCGAAAAUGGGAUGAUAGUAGUUGGACUAGCGAGGCGGAAAGAACAAAUAGAUGAAGUUUCAAAAAGUCUCAAGAAAUGUAAAGGACAGCUGCAUGGAAUAAGAUGCGACAUGUCUAAAGAAGAGGAAAUAUUAAAAGCUUUCCAAUUGGCUACGGAAAAACUGGGUCCUGUUCAUGUACUCGUGAACAAUGCUGGUAUUGUGCAGGAUUCCACGUUAUCCGACGGUGAUGCUCAACAAUGGAGAAACGUUUUAGAUGUCAAUGUACUUGGACUUUGCAUCGCAACGCGAGAAGCAGUUAGGAUAAUGAAGAAAUGCGACAUAAAAGGUCAUAUUGUCCAUAUAAACAGCAUUCUAGGACAUUUUAUUCCGCCAGAAUUUUCGAUUCUAAAUAUGUACAUAGGAGCAAAGCAUGGAAUUACAGGUUUGGCAGAAGUUUUGAGACUUGAGUUAGCGUCGGAAAAUGUUGCAAUUAAAAUUACAAAUUUGUCUCCUGGAAUGGUAAAAUCCAACAUUGUACAUGCCGGAGGUUUCGAUAACUCAUUCUUGGGCAAAGCUUUCGAACAGGAUAAAAUUUUAGAUGUGGAGGAUAUAGCCGAUGCUGUAAUUUUUGCAAUUUCCACUCCUCCUCAUGUUCAGAUACAACAGCUGACUAUACGGCCACUAUCAGACAAAUUUUAAGAAAGUCUACAAACACCGUUUUCAUUCAGAAUGAGACCAAACAGGGCAAUUGGGCAACUUAAAAAAAUCGAUUACAAGCUCCGUUGGAUUCCAUAAUAUCUGUAGUACAGCUAUAGUUACUUAUGAAAAUAGCUAUUUCUGUGUGAAAAUGUUUAUGCAAUAAGCUUUUUGUUGAACAUCGCAAACAUGCAAAUCAACCAUAAGAAAUGCAAUAUGUUUUUAAUUAAAUUUUCAGUUUGCCAAGAUAUGUAUAAUAUACAUGCGAAAGGACAAGGAAAGUUGAUACUUUUGUAACCUUGUCAUAAUUGUAUUAUGCCACGUUUUAUACCCGUUAGUACAUCGGAUAACAAGCGAGAAUAAAAUACUAACUAAAUUCAAUAACAUUUAGAAUUAGUAAAAUGUAAUACUAUAUUAGCAAUGUUUGAAAGGUCAGAAAAGCUCCUUUCCGAUUAUUUAAAUGGGUAUAGAAAAGCAGAAUUUCGCGUCUUUAGCAGAAAAACCAUUUGCUAAGAGCAUUUAUUUAUGAGAAAUGAAACUUUAGCAUUUAAUAUAUUUUCAAUCCUAUAUGUAUUUAUGAUCUAUUUUUUGUUUCGUACGCAAGCUUGUUAAUAUUUCUUUGACUUUCUUGUUCUUUAGACAAUAAGCCUGUUGUUUUCUAUUUCAAUGUUUUUCAUGCCACUGCAAAUUGCAAUUCAUUUCAUGCAGUUGGCAAUGCAAAUUUUUAUAUUUUGAUUUACUCAUUAAGUAAAUAUAAUUUCGAUUUUGCUCAAAAUAAUAAACGUGUUUUUCUCUUUU